AUGUCUCAUGGUACUUGUCUGAGAGUCCGCGGAGGCGGCAGAUUAUCUCUCGGGGAGAAGCGGUGGCGACGGAAGCAAGCACGGGAGCAGUUUGCGAGGAAGGAAGGAUAUGUGAUGAAGCCGCCGGUCAGGAAGAAUAAGAGGGAAGAGAAAUAUUUCAGCUCGCUGAAGAGCAUCUCCUCGGCAGCCUCAAACAUCGCCGAGAAGAUUCCUGUGCUCGAGCAAAAGGUCAAGAAGCACGACGACUUGAACACGGCAGGGAAUAAGAUGAGAGAGACUGCGAGCAUGCGGUUGAAGUCGCUAGAGGAGAUGGAGGCUCAGGCACGAGAGCUCUUGAAGAAAGUCCAGCAGGAGAAGGGAGCAGCGAUGCGACAGCGGCAUGGAAGCAAGAAGAACCGCAAGAAGCUUCAGAGGAAGCAGGCGAGAAUCGAUCAUCCCACCAACUGGCGCUCCCUCAUGUAG